AUGGCUGCUUUGGAACAUUUAAGCGAAAGGGAUAAAGCUGUUUUGAGAAGUAUAUUCGAUCCUACUGCGACAAUUGGUGAUGUUGUAGAUGAUGGUGAUACUUUUGAGGAGGAAUUAGAUGAGACCACAGACUUAGACAAGCAGGCGUCUGCCCUGUGCUCUCAAGGAGUUCGUCUCGCUGAAACGGGGAAACAGGAAGAGGCAUUAGUACUUCUCAGUCAAGGCAUAGAGUUGGCACCGGGCCGCCCCGCCGCUUACAAUGACCGAGCGCAACUACUGCGCUUAAUGCAGAGAGAUGACGGUAGGUAA